GGGCGGGCACUCGCAUCUUUGGGCCCAGGGGCCUGGUGGCGCCAAGCGGCCGCUCGGACGGUCUCGGCGCUCGGGAGGCCCCGGUGCUCGGAUGACGAUGAUAUUGUGCGUGUCGUCCCAGUGCACCUGAACAUGACAUCCCAUAUCCAGCGUGCCCACAGGCCCUGGAUCGCGGAGCUGUUGCUGCAGCGGGGAACCGCCGAGAGUUGGUACAAGUCGGCCCCGGUUCAGGUGACAGAGCUUGCUCCACUGGAGAACUGGAUUAAAGAGGCUGGAUAUCAAUCUGCUGUUGUUGUAUUUAUAUCAGAUUUAAAAUACAGGAUUAAAGCUGUUCUGACAGAAGAAGCUGGGAAUAACAUGCAGCAGGAGGAGGAGAACUAUACACUCAGUCAACUCAAAAACAAAAUUGUUAUUUUGAAAAAAUUCAAUAUUCAGGUCAGAUUGGAGCUUGAAUUGAGGGAUUGUGAAUUUUAUCUCGUGGUUCAGGAUUUGAAGAUUUUGCCAGGAGACAUGGGUUUUGCUGAUGCAUGUUCCUGUAACAUGGACCUUGCUGUGCUGAAGAAGUUAAGAGAACUCUGGGAAAAUCACUUAAAUAUCACAGUCACCCAAGAGAAGACGUUUACCGAUCUCAGUUUAUCAAAUAUGAUUACUGCAGCAGUGGAAGAUGAAGUUAAUGUGUUAAAACAUGCUGCAGAACUCUGCCUUGAUCCACUUGCGUCUCAAGUUACAGCAUCCACAUCACAUUCAGAAAAUCAAACUACAGGAUGGAAAACCAUGAGAAGACAAAAUACGGACAAGAGAAACAUUUUCACUGUUCCUGAAGCAAUGUUGAUGAUUUCUUCUGAUCAGGAAAAAGCCCUAAAUAAUAUAAAAGAAUGGAAGGAUGAUUUUGUGUGCACGGAAGAUCCAGAAUCUGACUAUCACAGCUGCAUGGAUGCAUUCACAGAUAUUGCAGAAGAGCAGGAGGAUCCAUCUUCGCAGAAUCCUUGGAAUAUGGUGUUACCUGUCUCCCUUGGUGGAAUUCCAUCUUCAGGGGAAACUUGUAUUUCAUGUACCUGUUCUUCAGAAUUGUGUAAGAAGCACGGUGAGAAAAGUCAUGCCCUUUGCUCCACGUUGGUCGACGUACCUGCUUGCAGUGAGCUAUCUGUGGGGCUCCAGCUUCCAGACAUCGGCACACAGGAUGAUCCAGACAAAUCGGUGCAGUUAUAUACAGAUGAGUCCCAACGUUCGGAAGUGCAAUGUGCAAAAGGCCGUUUGUGCUCACCAGCCACGGAGAAUGGAAGGAACAGAAUAUAUGCCACGGUGCUCAAGGAGGACAACGGAGAGACAUCUACAAACUCCACUAGUGCUACUAAUUAUGUUUUGUUUAAAAACCUCUGCCCUUUAUCAGGUUCAUCAGUUACUUCCAGUGGCUUGAAUUGUGUGAGCUCAUUCAAAAACUUAACCCCUAUGUCAGCCAUAAUAAAUGGAGGGCAAUUGAAACUGAGCAUGGCAGCAUAUGAUGAUGCAACAGUAACUAGAAAUAAUAUACUGGAGACGGAAAAACAGUUGGAUCCCAGAGGUGAAGAACUCUAUGAGAUCACAAGAGCUGCAAAAAGGAAAAGGCAGAUUGUGGAUGCAGAAGAUCAAAUGGACGGAAAAGGUGUUUAUCAAGGAGCUUCCUGGACACAGGCGAGGGUCGAAAUAGAGGAUGAGAACUCCAGGAACUUAAGCAGUGAUGAAGCAAUCAUUGAUAGAGGGCAUUGUGAAGAAAUUGCUAACGAUGUUUGCGAAAUGAGUAACGUUACUGGACACGAAGCGUUUUUCCGAAAGAAAAAAGGUAGAAUUAAUAAAUUGCCUAAAGAUAUUGCUUUGAACAAUUUGCCAGGAAACAAAAUGGCAGUAGAGUCAACAAAGUAUAAAAAGUUAGAUUUUGUUUCCAAGAGCCCAUCUCAACAAGUUCAAAAUUGUAACGGUCAAACAUCAACAGCUAUUCCAAAUCGGCAGCACACUGAGGAUAUAAGGAUGCAUGCUUUACAUCAACAUCAUGAAAAUGAGCCUCGGAGACAUCCUGAUGGAACCAGAUUUUUAUACAGCUACCCAGCACCUACUGCCGUACUGAUUGCUCAAGUAAACUCUAUAAGGGUUUCGAGUGACCUAUUGAAUUGGGCAGUUUCAUAUCUCUCUGGAACAAGUUUGACACAUAACUGACUGCUGCUCUUUACUGACGGGCAAUUAACUACGGCUGGAAUUCUUUCAAAGCAUUUCAACACAUUUUAAUGCCGCUUUCGUGUGUUUUCAAUGGUAGUUCAUCUCGAAACUGCAUUACCCUUAAUACUGCUGAAUACCAAGAUGGUUUAUUUAUAGGUACUAUGAUAUAUAGUAGUAGUUAUUAGACCGGCAAAGCAGGAGUGGAAAAACAGGAAUGAUACCAUUAUCAUGGGCUGAUCUUGGCUGCUCCUUCUGUUGACUGAAGGCACCUUUGGCUUUGAACAGGAAACUACCAUGCUUGUGCUGGAAGAUCAAAAGAUUUGGAGACAUCAGAGAACCACUUUGCUCUUGACAAAAACAAUCAUUAAGUUUCUAUAUGGGAAUUUUGUAGGGGAAUAAUUAGCCUUCACUGAAGUAUUAUUAUUGUAAUGAAGGGAUUAUUACCUAUAUUUCUAUAUUAAUCUCUUGAUUGACAUGAGUUUCACUCCAACUCCAAUUCAGAGCUGCAUUUUUUUCUAUAUGUGUAACAUUUGGAAAGGAAUCUUUAUUGUUCUUUGGCGAGUAAAUAAAAAUAUAAUAUUUUUCUUCAA